AUGGGCUGUGUUUACAGCAGCAGAAAAACUCUGCCACCUUUUUUCUUCAAAGUCAUAAACAUAGACGACAAUGGCAAAGAAAAAUACCAUGGCCAAAUGGAAAUCGCCACCAGCAACCUGAUAUUGCAUAAAAGCGGAGAACCAUCGAUUAUAUGGCCGUUGAGCACGAUUCGCCGUUAUGGAUAUGAAGAUUUCAUGUUUUGCUUUGAAGCCGGCCGUGCGUCUCCGUUCGGCCAAGGAAUAUUUGCGUUCAGAAGUAAAGACGCUAAAAAUAUUUUUAACGCAGUCAAAGAAAAAUUACAGAUUGAAAGUGGAACAGAUCCAGUCAACGACCUCGCUUCUGAAGUACGUAAUUAUUCUGGCCAGUCGUAUACAAGUACACAUACAAUUGAAAAAGUUUACGAUGAAUUCAAUUUCAACGGAAUAAGGUUUAGUAGCGAGUCAAACAACAACUUCCAACCUCCAGAUCUCAUGCUGGACCCAGAUACUGCAUUUUUACCAAGGAGUUCAUAUGUAAACAUGUUGAACGAUAACGAAGAAGACGAUGAUUUGUUCAAUGACCCAUUUGAGUUACCCAAAGAUACUCCCACUUAUACUGAAGUGGAAAUAGCUGCUUGCACACCUAAAAGGAAGAGUGAAUCAUUGCCCACUUCCCCUACAGAGAUACCAAGUUAUACAGCAAUAGAUUUCAAUCAAACAAUGCAUUUAAGUCAGAAAAUGCUUAGGGGAAGCGAUGAUGCUGGGGUAGGAAAAACCAGACAUGAUUCUACAAUGAGCAAUCCUUAG